AGCUGCCUGCAGAGGGGAGGGACCGGCCCGCCUCCCCUGUGACUCCCGGUGGGUGAGGAGGCUCCGUCACUCCUCGCGGGGAUGGAGAUGUAAGGCGAGCAGCAGCAUGCUCUCACUUACUGACAGCGGGGGAAACCAACAAUGAGAGAAAUAUUCGGAGCUCUACAGACAUGCGCCAUGCGAGGAGCAGGGUCUCGGUAGUGAGGCUGACCCGCGAUGAGCCGCCGACCUCCGGCCCGGGACCUGAGGGCCUGGGUCCUCACCCUGAGCCUCAUCACCGCGCAGACUGCCGGGGGGGACCCACUGCUCUCCGACCCGGAGGUUUUUCUUGAAAAGUACGGCUAUCUCCAUCCGGACCACCAUAUCCACAAUGCAGUAGAGAUGCAGUCAGCUAUCAGUGACUUCCAGUGGUUGUCUCGGCUUCCUGUGACAGGCCAGCUGGACGGGGCCACCCUGAGGCAGAUGGCGGAGCCGCGCUGUGGCGUGUCGGACGAGGGCAGCCAGAAGAUCUGGGCUCAGAGAGUAAACGCCGUGUUCACUGGGAAGAGCGGCGCCAUCAGAGGAGCGCAGCGCCGCAGGAGGUCUGCAGGACAAGGUGAAAAGUGGUACAAACGUCACUUGACCUACCAGAUCGGGAACUGGCCUCGCCACCUGUCUCUGGGUUCUGUGCGGCUGGCGGUGCGCGCUGCCUUCCAGCUGUGGAGCAACGUGUCGGGCCUGGUGUUCCAGGAGGUACCUGAAGGCACCGUAGACAUCCGGCUGGCGUUUUACGAAGGAGACCACAACGACGGGGCCAGCAACGCCUUCGACGGACCAGGAGGAACUCUGGCUCACGCCUUCUUCCCUCGCCGGGGGGAAGCCCAUUUUGACAUGGCGGAGAGAUGGACGCUGAACGGACACAAAGGACACAACCUGUUCAUGGUGACCGCCCACGAGAUCGGACACACGCUGGGACUGGAGCAUUCCCCGAUCCGCCACGCCUUAAUGUCGCCGUACUACAGGAAGCUGGGCCGCAGCCUGGUGCUGAGCUGGGACGACAUCAUCGCUGUGCAGCAGCUGUACGGUAAACCCUCCGGUGAUCGCCCUGUCAGGCUGCCCGGCCAGGUUUUGCACGCCGCUCUGCAGGAGUGGGAGUUCACGGAGCUUCACGACGGGCCUCAGAGCGCAGGGCAGCCUCUCUACUGCCAGGGGGUCUUUGAUGCCAUCACUAUGGACCACAAUGGGACGGUGCUGGUGUUUCGGGGGGGUGUGUAUUGGACGGUCUCGUCUGAGGGUGGUGUCAGCGGUCCCCUGCCUCUCCGUCAGCGCUGGGCCGACCUCCCCCCGGCCAUCGAGGCGGCUGCCUUCUCCCCCCUGGACUCCAAGUGGUAUUUCUUCAAAGGGAAGCGGAUGUGGCGCUACUCCGGCAGUGUUCUGGACCCAGGCUUCCCCAGGAGGAGCAGUGAUUUGGGGCUGCCUCGCCACCCUGACUGCGCCUUCUACUACGCCCCUCUGGGUCACAUGGUCCUCUUUAAGGGCUCCCGGUACUCAGUGCUCAACCUAAAAACUCUGCACCAGGAGCCUUACUACCCCCGCAGGCUGACAGACUGGACGGGGGUCCCCCAGGGGACCAACGGAGCGCUGACCCGACCCGACGGACGCCUCUACCUGUUCAGAGAGCAGCGCUUCUGGAGGUUUGACCCGGGGAAGGUGCGCGUCACCAAAGAGGGCCAGUGGGCCAAGGACCUGAGCUGGACUGGCUGCAGCAACGCUCCUCAGAGCAACAGCAUCCUUUGACCAGCAGAGGGCGCUGUAAGAUACAUUUGUUGAGAACACUAUGAUGUGCUAUUCAUUUUCACCACAAACCAACAUUGAGUUUUAAUAUAUUGAAGCCAAGCUCAGCAACAUCAUGUCAUGAAGGGAUUAAACAAAACGUAUUCCCAUUGGUUUAUACAUGUUGAAGCACAGAGUAUUUACACUGCAGAGAAAUACUAGAUGUUAACCAUAGCCUUGUGCAUAAAGGUAAAAUAAUACAAAAAAUGUGUUUGGUUGUAAGUGUGCUUUUAAAACCAUCUUCUUUAUCUUGUAGUAUUUGCACACUGACAGAAAUAUUAAAAUAUGUGUGUUUGUUAUCAUUUAUUCUGCAAUGUCACAAGCACAUAUGAUAAAUGACUGUUACUUAC